UUACGUUAGCCAAAAAGUUCCAAAAAACAAAACAUAUAUAUAUUUAGCUCUAGAGAGAGAAUUAAAAAAGAAAAAGAAAUGGCUCUCUUCUUAAAAUCCAUAAGUUGCAGAUCUUUCAAUCAUGAAGACCAAUUAGUACAUGAUUUCAAGAAAAAUAAUAGCAGAUGCAAGGAAUUAAUAUCUACGUCAACCUCUUCGUCGUCGUCGUCGCCAUGUAUAAGCUUAACAGUAUGGAGAAAAUCACUUAUAUUUAGCUGUAAAGGAUUUACAGUUAUUGGUGCUGAUGGAAAUUUAGUGUAUAGAGUUGAUAAUUAUUCUGGUCGACGUGACCAAACUAUUCUUAUGGAUGCUUCUGGGAAACCCAUUCUCACCAUAUGUAAGCAUAAGAAGCUAAGGAUAGUAGACAACAAUUGGUUCAUAUAUGAAGGGGAAGUACUUGGAGAUCAUGAUUACAACACUACUAGCACUACCAAGACAUCAUCAUCAUCAAGAAAAAAACCAAUAUUUUGUGUAAAGAAACAAAUGAAGAUUUUACAUAGUAACAUUAAUGUACUUGCUCAUGUUUAUUAUCAUGGAACAUCAUCAGACAAGAGGUAUUCUUAUAUUAUUGAAGGGUCAUAUGCAAACAGAACAUGCAAAGUUUUGGAUGCAAAAUCAAGAAAUGUAGUGGCAGAAAUUAGGAAGAAACAAGCAGUAAGUGGUGGUGUUACUUUUGGAUUAGAAGUUUUUGUAUUAGUUGUAAUGCCUGGAUUUGAUUCUGGUUUUGCCAUGGCUAUGGUGUUGUUGUUGGAUCAAAUGUUCUCCUAGUUUAAGUUGUUUCUUUUUUUUUUUUUCCUCCGCUCGGUGUCUGGUAUCUGUGAUGGUGCAUCGACUAAUUUGGAUAGUGCACUCACUGCAUGCAGCUCGAGACCUUUGAUUAAGGAUGGAGUAAUCCACCACUAUACCACAAGCCGUGUUGGUUCUAAUUAAGCUGUUUCAAUAUAAUGUUAAUUUGAGGAAAUAUUAUGUUGUCGCUUUAUUA